UCUUCUUUCUUUAUCUGCUUAUCAAACCCCAUUUAUCCAUCAAACAGCUUCCACCAAACCCUAAAAAAUUUAAUCUUUAACAAACCCAUCCUUCUCCUAGGGUUUAACCGUCUAUCAAUUCCUUUUUUUUCUCUAGAAAUCUUGAUUUUAUUUCAAGAAAAUAAUUUGGGGUUUCUUGAAAAAAAGAGGUUGAAAUGAUGGGGAGUAACAGAAGGGAAGAAGGGUCAGUAAUGGUGAAGAAUUCAAAUGUAUUUGCAGCACUUGAUACUUUGAGGAAGAAGAAGAAGAAGAAAUCUGAUAAAGAAAAGAGUUCAUCUAAGAAAGAACAAGAGCCUGAAGUUUUGUGGGCGCCAGCGCCGUUGACAGUGAAAUCAUGGGCAGAUGUUGAUGAUGAGGAUGAUGAUGAUUAUUACGCCACGACGGCUCCACUUAAGUCUUUUUUGGGUUCUAAUCAAUCUCAAAAGAAAGAACCUGUUGAGGAAAUAGAAAGCGAAGACGACCUUGUUGAUGAAGACGAAGAUGAAGAUGCGGAGGAGGACGACAAUGACCACGAAUCUGAGGUUCCAGAACAUGCUGAGCCAGGAUGCCAAAAGAUAGAAGCUUCACCAGCUCCUAAAGAAACUGAGAGACAGCUAUCCAAGAAAGAGAGAAAGAAAAAGGAGCUUGCUGAAUUGGAGGCACUUUUAGCUGAUUUUGGGGUUGAACAGAAGGAGAAAGGUCCAGACAACUUACCUGAUGUUGCGGAUGAGAAGAAAGAGGGUCAGCAAGCAGAAGAUGUGGAAAAGAAAAUUGGUGGGACUACAGAGCCUAAAAGUGCAAAGAAGAAGAAAAAGAAGGAUAAAGCCAAGGAGGUGAAGGAAUCAGAGGAUCAGCCAAACAACAUCGAUGGUACUAUUCAACCAGAGGAAACUGGAGGAGCUGAACAAGUAGAAGAUGCAUCAACAGUGGAUGUGAAGGAGAGGCUGAAAAGGUUGGCUUCAGCAAAGAAAAAGAAAUCCGGCAAAGAGACAGCUGCAAGAGCAGCCGCAGCAGAGGCUGCUGCACGGAGUGCCAAGCUUGCUGCAGCAAAGAAGAAAGAGAAGAGCCAUUACAACCAGCAGCCAAUGCGGUAGAUUCUACGACAGCUUGGAAUGAUUAGCGUCAAUGGUCCGAGUUCCAUACAGUUUGGUUCACUAAAUUGUUUUGUUUUGCUGAUGUAGAAUAAGAUUUGGGCUCUAAUUUUGGUCUUUAGGGCACAAAAAAGACUAUGGACUAGUUUUUGGAGCUUAGGUUAAAAGGUAAAGAGAAAUGGGACAGAAGUUUAAAGAAAGUGUCUGGCUGGGCAAUUUUGCUGUAUGAGAAUGGUAUUUGGAGAUCUAGAGAAUUUAUGUGUAAAAGUAGCACACUGAUGCUAGUGACUAUUGAACUAAGGUUUGGGUGAAACAAAAUAGAAGUAAUAUUGCUUUUUUAUUGGCUGUGA